AUGCCCAAAUUGGUAGAAUUGUUUCUUUCAGAGAAUGAUUUGAAUGGUACUCUUCCACAUUCUAUUUGCAACAUGCAAAACCUGACAGCCCUUUCGCUAAGAAGUAAUCAUUUCUCUGGAGAACUCCCACACGCAUGGAAUUCGGGGAGCAUGAUAAGCAUUGUAGAUGCUGCCUACAACAAUCUCUGUGGUAAUAUACCCACUUCAAUGGGGCUAUUAAGUUAUCUUCAAAUAUUGAAGCUGAACAACAACAAUUUUGACGGUAAGAUUCUCGAUUCUUUGCAAAAUUUCUCUAUUUUGUUGAGUAUCGACGUUGGAGGCAACAAAUUAUCCAGGAGGUUACCUGCAUGGAUAGGAGGAUCUGGUGGAUCCAUGUUGCACAUGCUACAACUGCGAAACAACUCUUUUACUGGACAUAUUCCCCGACAAUUGUGCAAUCUCAGCUACCUUCACAUCCUCGACCUCAGCCACAACAACUUUUCAGGUAUUAUUCCCAACUGUUUCAAUAAUUUGACUUCUCUCUUCCGUGAUGUUUCGGAUAAAUACCCCAACUACUAUCAUCUGCAAACCAUGCUGACAUUAAAAGGAGAAGAACUCGUGUAUAACACCACUCUAAUGCUCGUAAAGAGUAUUGAUCUUUCUUCGAAUAUUUUGGAAGGUGAAAUCCCUCAAGAGAUAGGUAGCCUCAUUAAUUUGAGUACCUUGAACUUGUCGAGGAAUCAAUUGACAGGUAAGAUCCCUUCUGAGGUUGGAAAUUUGCUUGGACUCGAAUCUCUUGAUCUUUCACACAACCAUCUUUCGGGACAUAUUCCUCAAAGCCUUGCAUCCUUAACAUUUUUGUCCCAUUUGAAUUUGUCUUAUAGCAACUUGGUGGGGAGAAUUCCUUCAGGUAACCAACUUCAAACACUCACUGAUUCAUCCAUUUAUAUAGACAAUCCAUCAUUGUGUGGGGUUCCUUUUCCGACAAAAUGCCCCAGAGAUGACACGUUUAUUGCUACAAACAGUAAUGAAGAUGGAAAUGAUAAGUUGUGGUUCUAUGUGAGCAUAGUGCUUGGCUUUGUCGUAGGUUUUUGGGGUGUUUGCGGCACAUUAAUCGUGAAGAAAUUAUGGAGGUAUACAUAUUUUUGA